GGGCGCUGGGUCUGGGGCCGCGGGUGGACCGCUGGGGCCGCCUCUCCCGACCUGCGCUAGGCCUUCGGGGCCGGGUGGGGCCUCCGCUGGGCUCCCAAGACCCAGGGCGCCUGUCCUGGAAGCCGUCAGGCUGCGCGGGGUCUGGCCUUUAGUCCCCCGUGCUGCGCAGUGGGGUCGAGUGCGGCCGGCUCAGGAGUCAGCCUCGCCGGGCUCCAGCUCUGUACCCGGCGCGUGCUGGCGUGGGACAGGAUGGUGAGGAGCAGAUGCUGAGUGUUCGUACAAAGCUGGAAACCUGAUGUGCCCUGGGGCUGGUGACAGAUUGGCCAUUCUCAUGCUACGGGGCAUGGAGUGCUGGACCUGCCAACACCCAGGGUGCAUAUGGAACUGGUGUAGCCAGCUGGCAAGGUUAUGAAAACUACAAUUACUACGGCACCCAGAACACCAGUGUCACCACAGGCGCAACCUACAGCUACGGCCCAGCCUCGUGGGAGGCCACCAAGGCCAACGAUGGCAGCCUGGCGGCGGGGGGCCCUGCCGUGCACAUGGCCUCUUAUGGCCCAGAGCCGUGCGCCGACAAUUCUGACUCCCUCAUUGCCAAGAUCAACCAGCGUUUGGACAUGAUGUCCAAGGAAGGAGGCAGGGGCGGGAGCGGCGGCGGUGGGGAGGGCAUGCAGGACCGGGAGAGCUCCUUCCGCUUCCAGCCGUUCGAGUCCUAUGACUCCAGGCCUUGCCUGCCUGAGCAAAACCCCUACCGCCCCAGCUACAGCUAUGACUAUGACUUCGACCUGGGGUCCGACCGCAAUGGCAGCUUUGGGGGGCAGUACAGUGAAUGCCGGGACCCGGCCCGGGAGCGGGGCUCCCUUGAUGGCUUCAUGCGGGGCCGGGGCCAGGGCCGCUUCCAGGACCGGAGCAACCCCGGCGCCUUCAUGCGCAGCGACCCCUUCGUACCCCCCGCUGCGUCCUCUGAGCCCCUGUCCACGCCUUGGAACGAGCUGAACUACGUGGGUGGACGGGGCCUGGGAGGGCCCUCCCCCAGCCGGCCGCCUCCGUCCCUCUUCUCCCAGUCCAUGGCUCCCGACUACGGCGUGAUGGGCAUGCAGGCGGCAGGCGGCUAUGACAACACCAUGCCCUACGGAUGUGGCCGCUCGCAGCCUCGGAUGCGGGAUCGGCCCAAGAGGAGAGGGUUUGACCGCUUCGGACCAGAUGGCACGGGCAGGAAACGGAAGCAGUUCCAACUUUACGAGGAGCCAGAUACCAAACUGGCCCGGGUUGACAGUGAAGGAGAUUUCUCCGAAAAUGAUGACGCAGCUGGUGACUUCCGCUCGGGAGAUGAAGAAUUCAAGGGUGAGGAUGAAUUCUGCGACUCUGGGAGGCAGAGAGGAGAGAAGGAUGACGAGGACGAGGAUGUGAAGAAGAGAAGGGAAAAGCAAAGGAGAAGAGACAGGACACGGGACCGUGCAGCCGACAGAAUUCAGUUUGCCUGUUCUGUGUGCAAGUUCCGUAGCUUUGACGAUGAAGAGAUCCAGAAGCAUCUGCAAAGCAAAUUCCACAAAGAGACGCUGCGGUUCAUAAGCACCAAGCUGCCUGACAAGACAGUGGAGUUCCUGCAGAAAUACAUUGUAAACAGAAAUAAGAAAAUUGAGAAGCGGCGUCAGGAAUUGAUGGAGAAAGAAACUGCGAAACCAAAACCAGAUCCUUUCAAAGGGAUUGGCCAGGAGCACUUCUUCAAGAAGAUCGAGGCUGCUCACUGCCUGGCCUGCGACAUGCUGAUUCCUGCACAGCCACAGCUCCUCCAGCGGCACCUGCACUCCAUGGACCACAAUCACAACCGCAGGUUGGCUGCUGAACAGUUCAAGAAAACCAGUCUCCAUGUGGCUAAGAGUGUUUUGAACAACAGACAUAUAGUGAAGAUGCUGGAAAAAUACCUCAAGGGUGAGGACCCUUUUACCAGUGAAACCGUUGAUCCAGAAAUGGAAGGAGAUGACAAUUUAGGAGGUGAGGAUAAGAAAGAGACACCUGAGGAGGUGGCCGCGGACGUCUUAGCCGAGGUGAUUACAGCAGCGGUGAGGGCUGUAGAUGGGGAAGGAGCACCUGCUCCAGAGAGCAACGGGGAGCCAGCUGAGGGCGAAGGCCCCGUGGACACAGCGGAGGCCAGUAGUGAUCCUCAAGCUGAACAGCUGCUGGAAGAGCAGGUGCCCUGCGGAACGGCACCUGAGAAGGGCGUCCAUGAGGCCAGAAGCGAGGCUGCAGAGGCUGGAAAUGGCACCGAGACAAUGGGAGCAGAGGCAGAAAGUGCCCAUACCAGAGCUGCUCCUGCUCCAGCUGCCACAGAUGCCGAAGUGGAACAAACUGAUGCAGAGUCCAAAGAUGCUAUUCCCACAGAAUGAUGCGCAUUUCCCUGUUCCAGGGAAGGCACUGGGAUAAUGGAGGUGUUGCUCUUUCUCCCUUGGUCUGUAAGCAGUACAAGGGCGUGUGCUCCUGGAAUAUGCUGUAAACUAAUUUCGGUGAAGAGACCCAGCCGUUUCCUCCUGAGCAGUGCCUCUUACGGCUUGUCUUGUGCAGUCGUGUGGCUUCUUGCCCAGGUUUGAAAGAAGUACAUUGUCCUUAGCGGCUGUAACAUGUCUCUUGACACUGCACUUGGAAAUAAUAAAGGUUGGGUGAUUAUAUCUUGAUGAUACAUUACUUGUUCAAUA